GUGCUUAUCUACGGUAUUCCUAACAUGAAAACCCAAGUAAGUAACUGCUCGCGGCCCGUUUUCGGGCUCGCAUCACCGACAUCAUCUCCCAAGCACCGCCGUACCUGGCAUAAGGGAUGCCAUUAGCCCGACUGAUUAUUCCAUUUAGCAGCAUUCUCAGUUAUUCUCUGAUAUAGUUUUGGUGAUAUAGUAGUUACGGAUCUCUGUCAUUACUACAGAAUGGAUCGGACGACGCGUCGGCAGCGACCGCCAGACCCAGGGCCGCAAUCAUCUCGCCAUCGCAGUAAACGAAUCGCAUGUAGGCAAUGCCGCCAGGCGAAGAUCCGCUGUGAGCUUUCUACCGGGGGGCCGAUUCCGUGCUCGAGAUGCCGGCGCAUGGGCCAUGAUUGCACACUGGACACUGGCUAUCAACGCGUCAACAGGAGGGAGAGACUAGAGGAGUUAGAGAAGGAGGUUCAGCAUCUCCGGUCAUCUGUCUCCGCGUCCCGGUCUGUGCCGAAUAUACCGACUCCAAUCGAAUCAUUUCACGCAGAUGCAUCACCUGUUGUCGAACAGGGCUCGUCUCUCGUCAAUGAGGACAUUUUUUUACCAGAUAUCUCGGCAGAGACCCUGGAUCAUAGCACGCCGGUCCGCGCAGUCCGAGGUCAGACACCGGAUGAACCCGCAACUUUGGCCCUGCCAAGUUCUUCCACCGCCCCAAGGACCCUUGAAUUCCUUCAUUUCACGGGAACACAGAUUUCUACGCUGUUUCAAAUCUUCUUCCAUCACUAUAAUCCAUAUGCACCCCUCCUUGACCCAGCAGUCUCGCCGGAUGAAUACUACGCGCGUUCCCCUUUGCUUUUCUGGGUCAUCGUUCUCGUUGCGUCUAGACGGUUCUCAGAGGAACCUGGCCUACUCGUAAGUCUUACAGGACCUGUGAAAAAAAUACUUUGGGAUGCCAUUGCCAAUCCUCCGCACACCUGGCAUAUUGUACAAGCGAUCCUCCUUGCGUGCCUGUGGCCGUUUCCCACCUCCUCACUAUCUUCCGAUAUAACGCCUAUUUUGCUGUCUGCAGCUCACACCGUUGCUGUUCGACUGGGACUACAUCGUCCCGAAGCUAUUCAGGACUUUUCUCGGACAAAGCGACGGCUGAGUCCCGAUGAAAUAAAGGAGACCGCUCGAACAUGGGCAACAUGCUAUAUUGCAGCGCAAACAGUCUCAACCACAGAUGGCCAAACGUGGGUAUCCUCCGACUGGAUGGUUGACCGCCUCUGCGAUGGAGACAUCACCGGCAUGAUACCCACAUCACUUAAACACCAGCUCAUGAUAUCCCGAUUCAUGGCCCGCGUCUGUCAGUUCAUGUCUGGUCAUCCGCAUGGACCGACCGGUCUUCCCCGCCCAGGAGAUGGAAUCCCACUUCUUGCUUUAUUGGAGCGAGAAUAUACAGAGCUCUGCUAUGGUUUCUCUGACAAUCUAUCAGAUGAGAACAAUGUCCUUCUCAAUGGAGCGGGUCUCCAACUAUACGUCUUUUAUCUCCUAGAGACCAGUGACUCUGAUUCCCGCAAACGAGCCCUUCUCCGUGCCUAUAAGAUAUCCACAGAAACAAUAUCUAAACUCGCUCAUAUCGAUGCUGGCUCAGAUGCUACACAAUACAGCCCCAUUUCCUUUUUCCGUGUCGUCUGUCUAGCCUCUAUGUUUAUUCUCAAAUUGAUUUACUCCAACCUGAGCAUCUUCCUAGAUAUCGAAAAUGGGAAACGGUCAUUCACCUCUGCGAUGAUUCUCAGCCGCAGAGUCUCAAUCGAGGAUAACGAUCUUCCUGGUCGGACAUCGAAAAUCCUCACUCAGCUCUGGAGUGCUCAGGCUAGAAGCGGACAACGUGACAAGGAACCUGGAUUGAAAUUGAAGACGCGCUUAGCAGCGAGUUUAUUGCACGAUUCGUUAUGGACUUGGAGGGAGGAAUUUGGUGGGCAGAGAAGUAUGGAGAAUACGCCUCCUGGGGGUAUGUUUUGCUAUAUUCUGUAUGCGGGUCUCACAAACAGUCCCACUGAUCUCCGACUGAUAGGAACAAGAGGUCAGAAUGUAUCUAUCCAGGAUCCAAAUUCCACAACAUCCCAGGACGUGGCUUAUGUUGAUGGGUUAACAUUGGAAGAUGUAGUUGAUGCGGAGAUACUGGCUCUUCUUCCGUUCAGUUUAGAUGCUGAUGCUUUGUUGGGCGUGCAAGGGUAAAUUCGAAGGAUCAUUCGCCUCUGUAACUGAUGUUAAAAGUAGAGAAAAUUUUUUAUGACCAUGAAGGAACUCAUUGGGACAUCGGUUACCUGUCAGAGCCUUGGCCCCGCAACAAGCGUGAUUGGAGGUAUUCAAGUGCCUUAUUCCCAACAAAUGUCCGCGGGGACUAAGAUCAU